AUGGAGAUCUUCUGGGCGUUGGUGCGGUUCUGGACGAAUGUUGUUAUCCUUGCAAUCUUCCUUGGUAUGCUUCUUCGGAAUGCUCCAAACCAUAUCAUCCCCUUCACCUCGCGACGCGAUACUGCCAUAAUCAGCGCAAUCAGCGCUUUCAUAUAUAUGACACUCUAUAAUGUCUACAUAUACCCCAGAUAUCUCAGCCCCUUGCGAAAACUGCCUCAGAGCGAUCUGAUUGUUGAUAGCAGCGAAUUUGUCCCCAUAACCAUCGCUCCACGGGGCAAGAAGACCCUCGAGCUCGUCAAACGCUACCCCGGUGCUGACCUCAUCAACUUACGCAUGGUGACCGGCUCACAAAUAGCCCUGCCUGUAUCCCCAGCCGCCCAUCGCGCCAUCCUAUCUGAGCAUGCAGCAGACUAUGAGAAACCCUCCUCCGGCCGUUACGCACUCUCGCGUUCACUUGGAUACGGACUGAUCCUCUCCGAAGGCGAAACUCAUAGGGUCCAUCGUAAGGCCAUCACACCUUCCUUCCGCAUCCAGAACAUCCGGAGUCUGCAGCCCCUGAUCGCCAAGAAGACAAGCCUGAUGCUGGAGGGCAUCGCAGCCGAGAUGCAUGAAAAGGGACAGAUCGAAAUCUCCAGCUGGGGCUCGCGCCUUACCAUGGACAUCAUCGGACCCGCGCUCAUGUCCCGAGACUUUGGCAGUCUACACUCGCACAACAGCGAUCUUGAAGCUGCAUACGCCGAGCUAGUCGCGCCGAGUUGGGGCGCAGGAUUCCUGUUCGAGAUGAGCAUGAUGCUUCCCCCGUUCAUCGUUCGCCGACUGCCGGUCAAGGAGAACGCCAUGGUCGACCGCACCACGACACUGAUCAGGCACACGUGCGAGACCAUUCUCCGCGACAAGAUGCGCGAUUUGAAGACUGCAAAGUUCGGCGAGGAGACGGGCACGAGUGAUAUUCUAGGCAGCGUCAUGGCAAACGGGAACCUGAGCCAGAACGAGCUUGUCGAUCAGAUGAUGACGUUUCUAGGCGCCGGCCACGAGACGACGGCGAGCAGUAUCGCGUGGGUGACGCAUCUCCUAACUCUACCACAGUAUGCGCAUUACCAGGAGCUGUUGCGGAAGGAAAUUCGUGACGCGGUUUCCGCCAGACGCGCAGAUGCAGACCCAGACGAGGGCAUCCUGUCCUACUCGACUCUGGAGGCGCUCCCGUUGCUGAAUGGCAUCUGCGAGGAAACACUACGCCUGUUUCCACCGGUGACCAACACAGGGCGCGUUGCCAUUCGCGACACAAUCAUCUGCGACACGCAUAUCAAGAAGAACACAAUCCUGGUGCUCUUCCCCUGGGCCAUCAACCGCAAUCCCGCAUUCUGGGGCGUGAACGCAGACGACAUGGUUCCGGAGCGUUGGAUCGAUGAGAUGCCAGACGGCACCCGCAAGGCGAACAGGCACGGCGGCGCGCCGAGUAAUAUGUGCGAGUUGACCUUCCUCCACGGCAACCGCAGUUGUAUUGGGAAGGACUUUGCGAAGGCCGAGUUGAGAUAUGUGAUUGCUGCGCUGUUCAAGGAUCAUCAGCUAAAGCGCUUGCCGGGGGAUGAUGGGACGGUAAUUCCGGCUGGCAGUCUGACAAUCAAGCCCCAAGGUGGACUGUACGUUGCUGUCACGCCUGUGGCGUGA